AUGCCCCGAGAGCCCCUUGCGACAUCAGAAUCAAGCAACCCCCCCGACACCACCGCCACUCCGUCUUCCAGCUCUCAACAUGGCCCCGUUCACCACGAACCCAUCGGUCUCUAUCGAGUCGACUCUGCCGCCUCUUCCAGCAGCCGCUCUUCCUCGUCGCGACUUCCCCGACGCGACUCGGUCGACCAUGGCGUCGACGUCGACCAGCUCGACGAGAAGCUGCGCGGAUUGAGGCUCCGCAACGUACAUGACAACCGUCACAACAACAAACUCGCUCGCUCUGCCCCCGGACAGAGGAUUGCCGACUAUGAAAACGCGCUGACUCCGCCUACCCCUAAGCAGGCGCUGGGCUUCAAGGUCAUCAAGCGCGCCGCCGGAGAACCCGGAGGGACUCUCUUGACUGACAUUCCCAAUGAGAUCCUGACCAACAUCCUCUCGCAUCUGCACCCCGACUCCCAUGGCGCCGUUGCCCUCGUUUCGAAACGCUUUUACGUGCUGGCUACUACCCCCCACAUUUGGCGCAUGGCCUUUUUGCGCUACUUCCCCGGCCAUGCUAGUCUCGAGGACAAUUUCAUCAAAGCUUCUACCGACUUUUGGUCUCACCCGUCUUCUGACACUUUCCGCUCUGAGACUCGCUACUUUGGUAGACUGACGCCACUUGCUACCUGGCGAAGCGAGUAUGUCUUCCGAACCAGGCUCAUUCGGAGUCUGUCCAAGGGCAAGCCCAACACUAGUGCUGGUGCUAUCGGUUCCUCUAUGCGCGCCAGCCAGCUCAGCAAGAAGUCAAAUGCUGUAUUGACCUACAACUCGAAGCUCCCCUGGCUCAUUACCAACAUUCACGCCUUGUUUGAUAAUGGCAAGAAGGCCCCUCGCGCUAUCCAGGGCUCCGGCCCCGUCGGUGUCGCCACCAUGAGCGACCCAACUACUGGCAAGAUCGAAAGCUGGGGCCUCAAGGAUAGCCACUGCUCGGCCCAAAUUGAGGAGGUUACACCGGGUCUCGAGCCGUACGGCCUUGGCGACGGCCCCGCAGCUACGGACAAUAGCAUGGACGUCAGUCAACUGUACGGCAUGAUCGCCGGUGAAGGUUUCCCUGGUGGCCGUGCCUACUUCCGCAGCGUCAAUGAAAUUGCAGGGCGCUACCUCGGUUCCGAGCCGGAUGCUCAACAACACCCGCCUGAUGUCCCUCGCAUACCUGAAAUCAGCGAAGCCAUCAGUAGCGUCUGGAUUGCCAAGUCCUCUGCGGUCCCCGCCACGACUUCAGCUAUGUGUGGCAUGUUAACUGGCUCCACGCUUGGUGUCGUCACCGCUUACUCUCUUGGAUCUGAUCCGAACGGCCCGAGAUACUCCUAUGGAGACAUGACGGCACGUUGGGUUCUUAGCCCUGGCGUGCCGAUUGUUUCGAUCAAGGUGGAUGAAAAUUAUACUGUGCGACGCCGACUGUCAUGCAGAGUAUGGGCUGUGGCAUUGAACGCGCUUGGCGAAGUGUUUUAUCUCACCGAGGUACCGAAGCCCGUGUCGCCGCAGAUGUCUACGGGUAACGCUCUGGUCAAUGCCUGGCUGGCUGGAAGGUCCGCCUACUGGCACCUGGUUGAAGUGACGCGCAGAUCGGCCCGCCCAGACGAGCUGGAUCUCAACGCGGUUCGCGGCACCUACUCGCCCAGGACUCCUUCCAAUGUCAUGAACCUGAGCAACAGCCAGAUUGCUGCUGAAGCAAGAGAAAUUGAGGUCUUCAUGCGCUACCAGCCAAACCAUUUCCUCGAUGCCUGUGUAGGCUGGGAUAUGCGACGCAGACUCGAGGUUGACUUUGCAAAUGAUGAUGGUCAGGAGGGCGGUGAAGGCAUCUUUCUUAUUGACUGUGGGCAUGGUGAGAAGGCCCGCGUUACCAAGUUCUACCGAUCAACCACUGCUCAACGACCCUCAUCUCUUGGAGGUGGCAAACUUGCACCGCCCGUUCCGUCUCUUUUUGGCCAGGUUGGCGCGCAGAGUACUCCGGAACCGCAGUCCCCAAGAUCGCCACCGCCUACACCAUACUCUCCUGCGGCCCCAUCUGCGCCCAUGGAUGAUUGGCGGGCUGUCUCGUUCCAGCUCAAGGGAUCUGAUAGCCAGAUCAUCACGGCCAGUGCCUUGGACAACUCAGCCUUUGCUAUCAUGACUCUCAACGAAGAUCCUCUGCAUGUAGACAGCGAAAGUACUGUAUCCGACGAUGCAGAUGGAGAACGAGUCAUCAAAGAGAUCCCAGGCCGCAGGGCUCGAUUCCUUAUCGUGGGCACGAGCUCCGGCAGUGUCAUCGUAUGGAACGCUAGAGAGAUCCGCGCUGAAACGGUCAGGCCAUGCCGCAUCAUUCAGACGGAAUCACCAUCAAUCUCGUGUGUUGCUGCCUCGGCAUUGUACCUGGUCCAUGGUGGCAGCGAUGGCCUCGUUCAAGCUUGGGAUCCUCUCGCCUCUACCGCUGACCCGAUUCGCACCCUCAAUGCUCGGUCAAACGGCCGAAUCCCGCGCCACAUGAUCUCCAUGAACCCUACCCUGACUGCUGCAGAUUACCAUGCAACGGGGGCCAUCAUACUGGACUCUGACCCUACGGUUCUCCGCGGUGUGGUGGCGUUUGGUGCUUUUAUGCGCUACUGGUCGUAUAGUUCCAAAGGCAACGCGCCAGGUCGGAAGAGACGCGUGCGACAUCCAGAUGCUCAGGGCCGUGCUGCGGGUCGUCGUUUCGGUAGCAACGUAUCUGGCUAUAUUCUGGAAGAGGAGGAAGAGCUGCGCCAUGAAAACGAGCAUCGGGCUCGUGAGCAAACGCGCUUGCGCAAACGCUUUGGCGUCGGCGCCCUUGGAGAUCUCACGGAACAAGAGGCUCUCGAGUACAUGCAGAUGGUCUCGCAGGAGAGCUUCUUGGCUGACGAAAUGCGCCGGGCCAGCGAUUCUGCCGCCGACACCAGCGGCGGAGACACGGCCUCGGUGACGAGUCACAGCACUGCCGACGCGACGACGCCUGAGGCCAGCCUCGUCGAAUCCAGCCCCCUGCAGCAGAACUUGACAAGCGACGACGAAGACGGAUACGAGGAGCAGAUCCAGCAGGCCAUCCGCCUGUCACUCCUCGAAGGCGUCAACGACCGCGGCCAGUCUCCACAGCGGAGCAGCAGCACAGACGAGUUUGAUUAUCCCAUCACCUACAAGGCCAAGACCAAGGGUGGUAAGAAGAAGAGUGGUGGUGGCAGCCGACGCGUAAGCCCGUCGACGACUUCGACCGCCUCUCCGCGCAUCCUGCCCGACGUGGCCGCCAGUUCUUCGUCGGCCUCUGCGCAUGCACCACCUGCGGAUGUUGACGCUGACCUGGCGUUUGCCCUCAGCCUCAGCAUGCAGCAGGAGGAGCAGGCGCAACGGCAGGGCCGCCGCGACCGAGAGUCGUCGUUCGCGCAGGCCAGCCAAGACUUUCCGCCGCUAUCUGCUGGCAAAGACACCUCCGUCAGCAAGGGCAAGGGCGUGACCAGAUGGUGA